AUGGUUUCCAGUCACCAAACGCCCCAAGACCCUGGACCUGUCAAUAUUCCGUACCUGUCUGCUAACUCCAGCCUGCGAAAAGAGUUUCCUUCUUUGAUCACCGAAACAGACCAUGUUAUGGUCUCACCCGCGUCGCUUGAACUUGACUCGGAUGCUGUUCUUGCGAUCGUUGUCACUGGUUAUCUCGUCUUUCUGCCUCUCCAAUGCUGGUCCCGCAUCCUAACCCACGAUCGAGCACGGAACCUUCUAUUUUAUCUCUGGCAUGCCCUCAUGCUGGCUGGAUCUAUCUGUGCACUCGUCUAUGCUGCAAAAUUACCCAAAACACCAUCCCAGUACAUGUUUUGUUUUCCUGAUCUUGCACCUUUCAGCGAUACAUCUAAUGACGGCUGGCAAGCUUCAUGGAGAACAUCUACGUGGAACAACAGUGUGUGGGAUACAUUUUCGAACAUAUCGCGAUGGAAUCAAAUAGGAGAUAUCUGCUUCAAUCCCUGUUUUAAUUCAACCCAAAUUCUACGAAAGUCAAGCUCGUUGCAUUCAGCCACAGCAGACGGAGACUUUAAAGUCGCUACCUCUCGUAGCUUCUGGAAAAAGGUUCUUUACUCGCAUCGAUACAUCUACAGUCUCAUCAUUCUCUGUCUGAUCCUAAACUGUCUCCUCUUGACUUACCGAUUCCUACCUUAUCGAUCACGAAUCCCAUCAGCGCAGAUCAUGGUCAUCUGGAAACAACGGAAGACUAUUUGGAAAGAUUUCAAAGACGAAGUUUGCGGUGCAAUGAAGCCACCAAGCAACCUAGCUAACGACGAGGAAGACCCGGGAUCGACAAACGAGAGAAUUUCUGUCUGCCACCGUAUGCGACACAUAUUCACCUGUCGGUUCCUGAAGUCCUUUUUCCAUGUGCUUGUUGACGCUGCGAUUCUGUUUGGGAUACUAUUCAGCAUGAUAGUCAGUCCGUUCACCAUCGUUGCCUUUGUAGUUUGGAUAGAGAUCCAAAUCUACAAUGACGGACCUUCAGAAGAGACCCCGAGCCAGGUUGGUCAGUGGGCAUACCUCACGUCUCUAGCGCUACUUUUGAUCUCAGCUGCUAUUUUGAAGCUUAAAUAUCGACUCGCGUCGUCGGUUGAGUUGGAACGUGAGAUUACUGCAUUGAAACGACAUCUGGGGGACUUGGAGAAAAUGAAGGAGACACGAUCAUCAUCUGGGUCGAUUGAACUCUCAACUGUGACAGGCCAGCGCAAGCCAAACUAA